AUGCGCACAGCAGCGCUUCUUGUGGCGAUGGCGGCAGCCGCCGCUGAGGGUUCAGCAUGCUGGGAGAACGGAGGAGCAGGAGGAGGAAGAAGGGAGUGCAGGAUAGAGAAGGGUAUGAUGCAGCCAAUGGGGCUCUCGAUCGUAAGAUCUAGAAACUUCUACGAUCCUUGUCCCAAGCACCUCCCUCGAACUUCCCCGCACAGGGGAAGAGGAGCCGGCGACCUCGCCAUGCAGAUGUGGGGGUUUCUUCCUCCACAGAAGGAUGACGGGAUUCCUCCUCCCCCCAUGGUAGAGAUCAGCAAAGAAGCAGAGUUCGAGUCUCUCCUCAUGCAAGCUGCAACGAUGGACAAACUGCUGGUCCUCGACUGCUAUGCCUCGUGGUGCCGAGUCUGCGUGUUCCUCGAGCCUCGCUUCAAGAAGCUGGCCCACCAGUUCAUGGACAGCUGCAUGUUCGUCAAGGCGGACGGGCUGCUCAUUGAGUACAACGACGGCAAGUCAGGGUCAGGAACGUUGAAGAGCGCCAUAGGAAUCAAGAAGUAUCCUACCUUCCAGGUGUGGAAGAAGCGGACGCUAGUAGCAGAGAUUGUAGGAGCGCAAGACUUCGAGCCUCGAGACUUUGAGAAGACGCUGAGGAACCUGAUCCUUGACUGGUCGGAGAGGAAGGAAGAGCCGCUGCGGCUCACAGGUGUAGGAGCCACCAAAAAACUCUUCUACUCCAAGGACUCCCACGGAGGAGGAGGAGGAGGAGGAGGAGGAGGAGGAGGAGGAGGAGGAGGAGGAGGGAAGGGGGGGGGAGGCGAUGGGAAGGGCAGUUACGGAAGUUCUAGCAGAGAGUUUGGGAACUAG